AUGGAGCCCAGUGCUUCCGAUCCGACCAGUGCCGGAUAUGUUGACAUGGGCGGGCUGAAGGCCCAGCUUCCGUUGAUGCAUUCGUUGGAGAGCAAGAACAACAACCAGCUGGAUUGUGGCCUGGAUGUGCCGAGCAUUACCCAAUCAGCAUUGGCAGAGUCCGGAUUGGCUCAGAUGGAGAGAACUCAAGUCCUGGACAUGCCCAUCGCUUACGAACAUUAUCAGCAAUUGCCAGUGAUGCAAUUAGGGCCAGGUAAUUUGAGAUUACCAUUCAAUUAACGCCAAAAUUUAAAGCCUCUUUACAAAAUCAGUCGUAUGUCCAACACUCCAUAUACAGCCCCUCCAACUACGGCAGCAUCAACAACACCCAGUCUUACUACACUUUUAACACGGCGUUGGUGUCUCCUGAUCUCACUUAUCUUCAAGCCAGUAACGAGUAAGCCCAUGUUGUUAUUGCGAUUGAUUCGAGCCGGAUUUUAGUCAUCAUUACCUUCAAUUUCCACAACCAAAUCAGUUCACUCCCGGUUUAUUUCGUGCUGAUGAUGGGAAUUAUAAUUUGAAUGCCUAUCAAAACAUCCAAUUGGCGGAUAAAGAAUGCACUUCUUGUGGCCAAUCUUAUAAUUAUAUUCUAAAAAAGGACGAAAGGGGAUGCAGUAUCUGCAUGUCUUGCUUGAACACAUCGGAAACGCCUCAGGAAAUAGAAACAAACGUGCAAUUGGAGGACGAGAGAAACGUCGCUUUCAAGCUGUAUGCUCAAGCCGCCGAAAGUAGAAAGCCUACAGUAACCUCGAGCAGUCAAUCGUCCCUUUCAAAUAUCCAAAAACCGAAGCAAAAAAAGCCCCCGGUAAGUACAAUAAUCAAAUCAAGCGCGGUUUAACACAUGUCCAAAUAAAAACUGAUUUUUGAUGAUAAACAAUAUUUCAGCAAGUCUCCCAACGGCGCCAAGGAUUGGUUUGCACCAAUUGUAAGGGAUCCUCGACGACCUUGUGGAGAAGAAAUCAUAAAGGAGAACCGGUGUGCAAGUAAGGAAAGUGCAUCAUCCCUUAUCAAAAAAUCGUUUCAGUGCUUGUGGUCUCUACUAUAAAUUACACCAAGUCGAUCGUCCGUUAUCGAUGAAAAAAGAAGGAGUUCAGACAAGAAAAAGGAAACCCCGGAAUCAAGAAGGAACCAGUAGAAGAAGUCGGGGACAUAACAGCCAUAGUAAUGCCCAGUCCGCAUCCACUUCUGUUGCCCACAUCGUCUCUGCUCCCUCUGACUUCGGAGAACCGUAUGGAGCUGUGUAUGUUGGGAAUAAUCUGGCAUUGGAUCAAAGCUCGGUGCUCCAACAGCAGGCCCUGGUAGAUCAAUCCUUUGUGAACAACCAACUGUUGCACGAGAACUCCCAGAUGAUCUCCAUGUCCUAUCAGAAUAUGGCUCAUCCUCAAGCCAUGAGUAUGACACAACAGAACGCCUCUCUACCAUUGAUAAAUACAUUUUGUAAGUCAAAUUAUCAUCAACUAUUUGUGUUUAGUCCCCAAAGUGGAAACUCGAUUACCCUCGACCAAUGCUCUGACUAAAGAACUUGGCAAAUCAGAGUCCGCUGAUCAGAAUUUGAAUGUAUAA